CACUUCCUGUUUGGCUCAGUCAGCUGUCACCAUCUGAGAGGCGAGAAGAAGAAGAAGAAGCAGCAGCAGCAGCAGCAGCAGCAGCAGAAGAAGAAGAAGAGGGAUCAAAGACACAACGCACGCACGGGAGCGAAGAUGUCGAGUUUCUCCGGCAAGUUCGGCGCGUACACGAUGACACAGCUCAACGAGAUGCUGGAGGACGACGACAAACUCACGACAAUGGUGCAGGAGAUGGACGAGAUGCAGGACGUCCAGCAGAGCAAAGCGAAGACGCUGGUCAACAACCGGACCCUGGCCGAGCAGAACCUGGACCUGCAGCCCAGACUGGAGCACAAGAAGGAGCAGCUCACCAAGCGCUACAACUGCCUCCAGGAGAACUUCGAGUCCUAUCAGCUUCGCAAGUCCACCCUCGACCACAAUUCAGGCAACACCUCCCUGGACACGUUGCUGGCCCUGCUGCAGGCGGAGGGAGCCAAGAUCGAAGAGGAGACGGAGAAUAUGGCCGAUUCGUUCCUGGAUGGCGACAUGACACUGGAUGCCUUCAUCGACGCCUAUCAGAGCAAGAGGAAGCUCGCCCACCUGAGACGGGUGAAGAUCGAGAAGCUGCAGGAGAUGGUGCUGAAGGGCCAGCGGCUCCCCCAGGCGUCGGUGCCUCCCUCUCGGUCCCAGGACGUAUCGGCGGCCGGCUCCUACCUCGUCGACGGCAGCAACGGCUCCUCCCCCGUCGCUCAACCCAGGAGGCAACCUCCUCCUCCUCCCUCCCAGCCAGCUCCAAUUCUCCAUCCAAAUCCGUCCCCGGCCGCUGCCUACCAGCCUCCCGUCUUCUCCUCGGCGAUGCCGUACCCGCCAAUCCCUCCCCGAACGGGCCAGCCCUUCCCCAGCGUCCCCUCUGGCUACCCCAGCCACUUCCUAUCUCAGUAUCCCCCGGCUCUGCCGCAGAGGCCCUCGCCCCGCAUGACCCCGCAGCCCGGGUUCAUCAUGCAGUAGAUGAAGUCAGUUUCCACUCGGAGGUCGCAGUGCGUGUCGUGGACUUCUCACCACUGGGACCCCUCUGAGAACUGAUUGUUUUCUGUGUCGUCCGCCUUCUUGGAUUACGACCGAUCCCAACACAAGAAGGCGGACCCGCGCCUGCCUGGUCUGGUCGCGUCCAGAUCUCCCAAUAAUCUCUGUGGAUCCGUGCUCACCUCUUCACUCCCAUCAACACUCCCAGCUAACAAAACAGACGGGAAGAGAUCGGCCUCCACUCUCCCUCCGGGGGGAAGAGCCUCCCCCCCGCAGGUGUCAGGCUACGGGUCAAUGAGCCGGGACUUGUCCUUCAUCGGCGCUGUCCGUCUCUAGGCGGCGCCCCUGCAGCUCCGCCGGCCCGUUACUUUUCAGUCUCUCCGCUCCCUUCACACAUAUUCCUCAAGCUUUUUUUUAAGGAAGCGUUUUAAUCACUCCAAACAGGGUUCGACUUGUCUUUUCCACCUGCAGCGUACUGAUUCACUGGUAUUGUAUAUGCAAACAAAGAGACCCUGAUUACUGUGCAGUUCUGAUGAGAAUUUCAUUUCCCAGAAAAUAUAUAUAUAUAUAUAUAUAUAUAUAUAUAUAUAUAUAUAUAUAUGUAUAUAUAUUCAGCCGAACUGCAUCUAUGCUGUGAUUUUUUCUUCUUCUAAUUAUGUAUAUAUAUAUAUAUAAACAUUCACAAGGUACAUAGAAAUAUUUCAAUUUCAGCAUCUUUUUAUGAUCCAGUACUAAUGGAGUUAUGAUAAUAAUGAUAGACUGAUUAACGUGUAACGGGAGGGCUUCGGUCAGCGUGUUCAAGAUGGCUGACUCCCGCACUCGAUCCGUCUCAGGGCGGCCGGAGGAGAGCGUCCGUAAACUGAUCACUAAGCCUUUGGAGCCUGAGAUGAAGGAUUUGUGUACAGUACGCUUCACACGCGUGUUGUUGUUUUCUGUGGGUUCGUGUCAAUGAUGAUGAUGAUGAUGAUGAUAAUGAUGAUGAUACAACACUCCUCGUUUAUGAUGUCCACCGUGUAUAACGCCCUCCGACGGGACAGUUCGUUGGUCCUCACACACGCGGUUCUGUUUGGUUCUCUGCAACACCGGGCACCAAAGACUUCCCACGGCACAUUCGGUUCAAAGUGUUUUGCUUUUUUUGAAUAUACAUAUUUACAAGUGAACCAUUUAGUGAGACACUCCUGACGUAUCCUUUCGUGUGUUCUUGAGCUGAAACACUUUGCGAGAUUUGUUCAAAGUCGGUCUUGCAAUGGGAAGAAACUUCUUCUUUCCUUUUUGUUUGUUUUUUUAAAUUCUGGUGCGAACCCCCUCCUCUCUACUGCUGUCGCUGUGCACUGAAGAGCCACGAGUGCCUACGUUCCGAAGUGACGUUGAUCACGUCCUGCUGAUUUCUACAUGAUUCCUCUAUGCUCAGAAGUAGAGAUUAGCCCCCCCCCCCCCCCCCCCCCCCCCCCCCCCUCCAUCCCGUGAAAUGAAAAACUGACCAAUUCCUCCCCUGCUCUUGAUUUCAGAAGGUAGAAGGUAGAGAACAAAAAAGGGGGCAGUGCCUCGCCGUCGGGUUCUGCUGAAGGCCCCGCAGAGAGACGAACUGUCCACGUGCCAGAGAGACGAGCGGCGCCCGCGGGGGCCGCGAGCCGAGCGGCGCUGGUGCUUCUCUUCCAUUUCUUCCUCCGUUGUGUCGGGGUUUGCCUCGGGGGUGAAUUCAGACACCUAUGCAUGUCUCGUCGACGUCGCCAUUGCUGUUCCUUGACUCCUUUUUUGUUUCACUUGGGUAAAAAUAACAGGGCUCUUAAAUGUUUCGCCUCAUAUCGUUGGUGAUUGUGGCCGCGGGAGGAGCGGCAGCUCAGCCAUCGGGUCGUUGGCGAGUGCAUGGCCUCCGCUCUCUGUUCAGGCUGAAGCCUCCUCUUCGGCACUUGUUCGUUUCUUUCUUCUGGCUGUCGAGCUGCUUUUGACAUUUUUAACUGAUCCACUGUAUCCAUGGUUUUAUAUGUGGUUGGUGAUGUUUUCAUUGUAGUGUUGUAGGUUAUAUUUCCGUUUAAUGAAUGUUCAAGUGGAAUUUGACGCUAUUUUCAAAGUUCAAUAAAUCUCCAAUUUUUGUA